ACCAAGCGCUCCUCCGUAGGUCCCACCCACGGCCGGAGGUGGGGGGGUGGGGGAUACGAUUUGGGGGUGUCCUGCACGGAGCAGGCCACCAGUGAACCACUGGGUCCAGAUAAAUGGGAGCGAGGGCCCGGUCCGCGGUGUUCAGUCUGCGUUGAGCCGCCUCGGGUUCGCCUCUUCCCCGAUGUCUGUGCGGUGGCUGCUGCCGCUGCUGCUGUGCGCUCUGCCCGCCGAGGCCGACUUCUUCCACCUGGACAGCAUCUGCAAUGUGUCCACCUACUAUUUUAACUACAUCUACUGCAACAUCUGGGAAGGGGAGUGUCAGCCCAACCAGGACGAUGCCACACAGCAAGUUCCCACCAGAGACGUGUGGGCAGGUCUGUCUCAGGACUACAUCAGCCUGCUGCAUCAGUGGUACUGUAGCCUGGGUCAGUGCUGUGAAUCCGGGGACUGCAGAAUAACCAAUAACAUCACAGGUCUGGCAAGGGACCUUCAGACAAAACUUCACGGGCAGCACCUGGCUCAGUCUGUGGUUCUCAAAGCCAUCCACGGCUUCAUCAACAACCCCGACUCCAACAAGCCGCUCACGCUCUCCUUUCACGGCUGGUCUGGCACGGGGAAGAACUUCGUGGCUCGAAUCAUCGCAGACAACCUCUACCGGGACGGGGUGAAGAGCGAGUGUGUCCGUCUGUUUAUUGCCCCAUUUCACUUUCCUCACGCCAGACUGGUGGACACGUACAAGGGCCAGCUGCGGGAGGCCAUCCGAGACAUGGUGUUACGUUGUCCUCAGACUCUCUUUAUCUUUGACGAGGCUGAAAAACUCCACCCGGGUCUCAUCGACGCCAUCAAACCGUACAUGGAUCACUAUGACAAUGUGGACGGGGUCAGCUACCGCAGAGCCGUCUUCCUCUUCCUGAGUAAUAUUGGAGGUGCAACAAUCAAUGACGUAGCACUGGACUUCUGGCACUCUGGUCAGAAUCGAGAAGAUAUUGGUAUGGAAGAUCUGGAGCAUCGACUACGAGCCGAGACUAUGGAGUCUCAGGGUGGAUUUGCUCAGAGUGAGCUGAUGGCUGGCCACCUCAUUGACUUCUUUGUUCCCUUCCUGCCUCUGGAGUACCGUCACGUCAAGCUCUGUGCACGCGAUGCAUACGCAGCUCGAGGUCUGGAGACAGAUGAAGCCACAUUGGAUGAAGUAGCCAAGGCAAUGCUGUAUGUUCCCAAAGAGGAGAGACUGUUCUCAGCCCAGGGAUGCAAGUCCAUACCACAGAGGAUCAACUUCUUUCUCCCCUAGAAGGAGAGACAGACAGGUAGAGAGAGACCCGGAGGAGGUGUAAGAUUGCUUUUCCAGCUUAACUGCACACAGAGCCACAGAGAAGGCGUAUCUUCUCUGCUCUGCUCUGCAUACGUCCCCCCUCCUACUCCUCGCAGAUACAGCAUGUGUCUGCCCAGGUCCCUCAGAGAAGGCCAGCCAGCAGAGCAGAUCCAGUACGAGAGGGGAGAGCAGUGUAAGCCACCCUAUGGGGGUCAGCAGCGUCGCAGCGGGUGUGUCUGUGACAGAGUCGCCAAUUUGAAGUGUGGCUGUUCUCCUACGCUGCCUGGUUUGAGUCCUCACAGUGAAGAAGAGGGUUUCUGUGCAGUUAUGCAAUAGAUGGACACAUGACUUAGCCACAUUCUUAGCACCUGUUCACCUCAUCCAAAGUCUGAGUUGCACUGUUUUUUAAAUAAGGUCAUCAUUCAUGUCUGUCCAUCAACAUCGUACUUCCAUAAGUACUUAUUAUUUAUUGAUAUCAUUUGUGCCAUAUAUGAACUUUAUACGGUGACAAAUUGUUUUGUGGAGUGGUUUGAAUUCACAGUUUUUGGUUUCGGCAUUACCUGAAAUGGCCAUUAAAGUGUUCUAUGUUGUGAACUGUAUGAAGUGUGUAAAAGAGCUAACACACAAAGGCCAGUAGUGACGGGAAUGACAAUUAAAGAUGUUACUGCAAAACGCGUGAAAGGCCUAGUUUCAAAGCAUUCAAUUCAUCUAUUAGACAUUUUUGUGUGACUGUAUUCAUGAUUCCUAAAUUAUUUUCAUUGUAGUUUUCAGCAACUUUCUGUGAAUAUUGUCAUUACUUAUUAUAAUGUAAAAUGGUUUAUUUGAUGGCAUGUUUUACCACUUUGCAUCAUUUUCACUUUGAUAUCAACUUUAUCAAAGAUGAGGAUCGCAACAUUGUAUACAUAUCACCAGUGAAAUACAUUUUGUCAGACUUUGUUUGAAGAAAUAAACACCCAGUGAGCCAGC